CGCUGAUCAGGACAGUUGUCGAACCGGGAACAAGCAUUGUAUGGUGGACUUGCACGAUUAUAGUGAGAGAACAGGAGAAGCCGUACCGGUACACAUUCCGCGCUUAGCGCUCAUCAACAGUGUCAGAUGACCAGCCCCUGUAACAAGGAAGCUAUAACAAGGGUGCACCGAAGAUCUACAUCCUAACGGGCUCCACAGCCCUGGCUUUAGGACGAACUUGAGUUGCGAAGGUGCUGCACGCUUACCGAGCAACAUAGGUUGCUAAACAACAUAUAUUCAUACCCAUCUGGCAAGCAACAGGCAUAACUGUCCUUCCCGCAACACGCUUGCUGGUCUUCUUUGCAACAACCGAAGGGUUAAGAGACACGAUGCCGUGCGACUGGGCUUGCGACAGCUGCACGUUCGUCAACUCUGGUCUCCUACCAAGCUGUGAACUCUGCGGGGCGCUGCGCUCUGGCGUCCCUCAGUCCGGACCCGAUGACCCCAUUACAUUGUCCGAUGACGAUGAUACAGGAGCUGCUGCUCUUCCUCCUCCCAAGCCCGUGCCUGGAGCAACCGCUGCUGGGAAUAGCAAAGACGUGGUUGACCUUGCAAACGACUUUGACGAACCCCAAAAGCGCAACACCAUCAAUACUCGAGCCUCGCGUCAAACUGCCCGGCAGCCCGUCGCUGAUGUCACCAUUAUCGACGAUGACGAAGAAGCGCCAAAGUUCAACAGCUUGAUACCCAGACCGCAUCUAGGUCAUGCUGCAGGGCCCAACAAGGCUCGCAGACCAAGGUCAGAGCUUAUUCCCGAUCUGGGUCAGCAUCCUGACGCAGCCGGCAGGAGGCCUGCAGAUGAGACCUUCUCCUUGGACGGAUGCGGGUGCACCCUUCCGCUUAGCUCCCUUGCUGCCCAGCUUCAACCCGUACUAACAGCGGCUACAGCGUCGACUGCGGCUACCGCGGCUGCCGCCGGUCCCGUGAUCAAAUUAGCAGCGGCAGGGCAGGCGGUUGGACAAGCCAACGGAGGAUGCGGAGGCGGGGAUCCAGCUGUACUGCAGCAGAACCCUACGUUGCUCGACCUUGCAGCGCCCCUGGCCUGCCCGACUUCCAGAUGCCGCGGCUGCCUGAGCAGCCGUGAUGUACGACUAUUGCUCGGGCCGUACGGCACCCGCGCCUUAUACGGCGCCAUGUGUACGGCACUACGGCGGGAAGCCAAAGCCGCCAAAGCUACAAAACGUGAGCAUGGUGGCAGUGGGGCCGGUCCGUCGUCCGCAGCAGCGGCAGCAGCUGCGACCCAGAUGCAAAUCCCUCAGGGCCGGCGGAACCGUGGCGGUGGUAAGCGUAGUACGGCAGCGCCAACGGCCGAAUGCAGCGGUGCUGCCGUACCUCAACAACCUGCACAGCAGCCGCAGCCGCACACCCCGCUGCUGCCGCUGGCUCCAUCCUGCCCUGCCUGCCACUCCAGAACACUGGCCACCAGCGUUCUCAGAGACCUGCAACAGGCGCAGCAGCAGCAGACCUCUGCCGCUGCUUCCAUGCUACAGCCAGAUCAGCUCUGUGCAGCUCUGGCGGCCCGCGGCGGCCUGCCGCCACCGCCUCCCCCUGCUGCUGCUGCUGCUGCUGCUACCGCCGCUGGAUCUAAGCCAGCAACGCGCAGCACCAGAACCGCAAGCCUUGCAAGUACGGCAACGGAUACGGCUGCUGCUGCCGGCGGCGCCGGUGGUGGCCUGACGUCGCUUGCAUCUAGGUUGUUGGAUGCGGUGGGGCCUCGGUGCGCCUUCGUGUGUCUAAGCUGCCCUGAAAGUUGUGAGGAGGGCGCGGUGGCGUCGCCGGGGCGGCUGCAGGCCCUUCAAGCCGAGGCUGAUCUGGCGGCUCGCGUGCUGCGGCUGCUGCGGCGCGUGCGGGCCGUCCUCCUCAGUGCGCAGGAGGAAGAAGAGGAAGAAGACGAGGAGGACGGUGAUGGGGGCGACGCCGCAGCGAAGGGAGCAGAGGACAAGGCACACGGGGCCAAGGAUUGGGCAGCAGCAGGAUGGAAUGGCCGCGGUGGUCGAGGCAGUAGACGGCGCAGGAGCGGCGGCAGACGAGGCGGCGGCGGCGGGAGGUACGGCGACGGCGGUGGGAGGUACGGCGACGGCGGCAAGGCAUGGGCAAAGGGGGUGGGGUACGGCGGAGGUCAGGGCGGGCAUAACGAGGCAGCGGCUGCUGCGGCGGCUGUGAAGGCGGCACAGGAGCGGCAACGGCAGGCGGAUGAGGAGGUCAAGUCCUGCCUUUCAGAGCUGCUGGUGGCCCUCAGCGCUGGUGCCUCCUCGGGCGCGGGCAGGGCUACAGGAGGUGGCGGCGGAAGCUGCAGCAGCAGUGGCGGCGCCCUGGCCAGCCCGCCGCCGGUUCUCCUGGCGGCGUUGCAGUGCGGAGGACUGCCGUACAUUCUGCGGCUGCUGCUUCAGAACGAGUCGCUGCUGGAUAUGGGUCAACGGCAGGGACUGUACAAUGUCGUACUCUCGGUAGUAAGGCGCAUCGUCAGCAACAUGUCGCUUCUGGAGUUGCUGGUGCUGCCCGCAUCCGACCCGCUGGACACCUCGGCGCCCGCUCCCAGCGCCUCCGCUGCUGCUGCUGGUGCUGGUGCCGCUGCUGCAGCAGCAGGCGGUGGCGGAGGGCUUGCAGGCGGAGGAGGCGGAGGUGGAGCCGGGGAGGGCUCCUCGGAUCCGCCCCUGGGAGCUGUCUUCGAGUCACUAGGGCGACAGUGUGCCGUGUUCAAGCGAGCAGCGCAGGACCUGGCUGACGGCGCGGAGGAGGACAUCGCGGCGUUGGGUCUAGCGUUGGAGCUGGG